CAGGAAGUGAUUUGCAGUGUUCACUGAGCCUUUUGUUGAAAAGGGUCCUUCUCAUUUGUGUGAGUCAUGCUUUUGCUGUGAGCGAGUUGGCAGCUCUAAGCAGGACUGGGAUCUCUGUCGUAGAAAACUAUUACUUCAACCAACCUUAACGUGGAACCAUAAGAAAUUUCUUUAAAAUAUAUGUAUUUUUGUUCUUCCUCAUCUCUUUGCUUUUUUUUUUUUUUUACCCCAAAAUCUUGUUGUCCGUCCGUGUUGUUAUGAAUCGCCUGCUAUGUUAGCACAGGCAUCUCCUGCGUUGGCAUCAGAUUUGCCAGAACAUAUGCAGGAAACCAGAUAGAAGGGCAUGCUUCAACGUACCAAGUAUAACCGCUUCAGGAAUGAUUCGGUGACAUCAGUUGAUGAUCUUAUUCACAAUUUGUCCAUGAACAGCAAGGUCUCAGCAGUUGCUACGACUUCAGCGGCACCUCCAUACCUGGUCUCGCCAGAGGUUCUCCGCAAGGACCAAGAAGAUGGACCCACCACCCUGUGCACCCUCAUCCAUAAAGUGUCCCACCUGAAACUCUCUAACACAGGCAGCCUUUUGGGUAUCAAAAACCUCUCCUCUGCAGUAAAGGAGCUUGCUGUCUCCAAGUUGCAGGGAAGCUCGAGUGCUUCUAGCUCGGCAGCAGGAGCUUCAGACAACACAUGUAACCUUGUCUCUGCCACUUCGUGUUCUCAGCAGGACGUGAGCAAGAUGAGUAUGGGGAAAAAAACACGGUCAGAGGAAAUGCACCCGGCAGGCGAAGACUGGAAUCAAAGUAGCAGCUUUGUCAAUAAACCCUCUCGAGGAUGGCUGCACUCGAGUGAGAAGAUCCUGGGACCUGGUGUGACGUACAUUGUGAAGUACUUGGGAUGUAUAGAAGUCUUACGCUCAAUGAGAUCUCUUGACUUCAAUACUAGAACGCAAAUUACAAGGGAAGCAAUCAGUCGUGUUUGUGAAGCUGUACCUGGUGCCAAAGGAGCCUUCAAGAAACGAAAGCCUCCAAGUAAAGUUCUUUCCAGCAUCUUGGGAAAGAGCAAUCUUCAGUUUGCAGGAAUGAGCAUAAUGCUGAAUAUCUCCACCACCAGCUUAAAUCUAAUGACGCCUGAUACGAAACAGAUCAUAGCAAAUCACCAUAUGCAAUCUAUUUCCUUUGCAUCUGGAGGUGAUCCGGAUACAACUGACUAUGUUGCAUAUGUAGCUAAGGACCCUGUUAAUCGUCGAGCUUGCCAUAUCCUGGAGUGCUGCGAUGGCCUGGCGCAGGACGUCAUCAGCACCAUUGGGCAAGCCUUUGAGCUCCGAUUUAAACAAUAUUUACGAUAUCCCUCUAAGAUCCCUGCUUUCCAGGACAGGAUGCAGAGUUUUGAUGAGCCGUGGAUGGAGGAAGAGGGAGAGGCAGCCGAACAUGCCUAUUACAACAAUAUCCCCAAUAAAAUGCCCCCUCCUGGAGGCUUCAUUGAUGCCAGGAUCAAAGCGAAGCUUCCCACUGCUGCAGAUACAGCUCAGUCUGCAGCAGGAGUGGGAAGAGAGCAAACCUAUUAUCAGAGUCGACACCUGGGAGACAAGUUUGGUGGAGACUGGCAGCAUGGGCCUGUUAAACAAGGCUCUUUGGAUAUUUAUAACAUGCCAGAAGGGAAAUCAGAACUAAAUCCAACAGCAGAGGUACCAACCUACGUGAACACUCAGCAUAUAAAUAUGGAGGCUCUACUGGCACUUCAAGCAGAUGCUGAAGGUGCCUUCAGUGGAACAACAGAUAAUGCCAAAGAGAGCAGCCCAGAAAAGGACCUCUUUGAUAUGAAACCGUUUGAAGAUGCUCUCAAGAACCAAACAUCCGAGCCGAUGCUGAAUAAGGUCACCUCCACUGAAUGCACCAGUCCUCUUUUAUCCAGAGCAGCAGACCGGACUGCGAUGGAGAAGCUGAAUAUAGAGCCUUGGUAUCAAGGAGAGAUGAGUAGGAAAGAAGCAGAACAACUGCUCAAGAAAUGUGGAGACUUCCUUGUGAGGAAAAGUACCACGAACCCUGGCUCGUAUGUGUUGACUGGCAUGCAUAAUGGACAAGCCAAGCAUCUUCUUUUGGUGGAUCCAGAAGGAACUGUUCGUACAAAAGAUCGUGUUUUUGACAGCAUAAGUCAUCUCAUCAACUAUCAUCUUGAGAAUAAUUUGCCAAUAGUUUCUUCGGGGAGUGAACUCUGCCUGCAGCAGCCUGCUGAGAGGAAACACUGACUCAAGCUGAUUUUUAGCUUUUGUAAUUUGCAAGCUAUCACUAGUGGAAACUGCAGAUCUGAAAACAUGUACAUUAAAAAAAAAAAAGCAUAUUCAUGUAUAUUUCACCAGUAUGUUUUCUUUAGGUUUGGUAACCCCCAUUUAACACGGUACCCUUGAAAAUUCUUGUUGCUUUAUGUGGACAUGAAGUCACAACAGAAGGCUUUCUUAAAAAGUAAUUUCAAUAAAAUUGUUCUGAUUCUCUAAUGUGAAUAUAGAUAGUGUAUAUAUACACAUUAUGUAUAGAUACAGUAUAUAUUUAUAUUUUUCAAGUCAGUCUCUUGAAGGUAUGGAACUAAUCUUCUGUGCCAAGUGUUUUUAACAGAAGAAACAUGCCAGUUUUGAUUGUUCAGAUGAAAAUAAAAUUCAGCAGUCUCAGUUCCUUGAGAAACUAAAUAUUGGGAAUAUUAUUUAUAAUUUUAUCUAAAAAGCACAAUAUUGGGGAGGACAUAGAGCAGAGUACGUUGGUUAAAUACCAAGGAGAUUGAAUUCAGCAGUAUUCCAAUGUGGAAGUAUAGCAUAAAAUGGUUUUUAAAAGCGUUAUUCAGUGUCACUAAUUUCAAAAGCAUUUUAUCUUUCUGAUGUCAAGUUUGAAUUCUUAUAUGACGCUAUUCAAAACAUUUGUAACUUGCUUUAACAAUGACUUGUGAUCUCUCUGUGUAUGAGGUGUGUGCAUUUGAAUUUUUUCUAACAAUUAUAUAACUUAAUAUUCUGCAACUUUAAUUUAUUAAUCAGAGUGCUGAGAUUAUUUACAAGUAGUUCUCUUCUUAUGGUGAAAGUUUAGAUGUCCUUGACUACCAGUCUACAAUGAGAUGUUAUAUUCUGAUUACAUCAGUUCAAAUGACUUGUGUUUAAUAGAUUU